GCCAAAUCUUUCCAAAUGCGACAUCGGCUCACGAGCUUUUAGAACAAGCUCGUGAAUAUUUUCGUGUUCACAAAGGAAAGAAUCGGAUUAUAUUCAUCCCACCUCAUAUAAGGGGUCUCUUUCCAACUUUAGUUGGUGGAUUGUCUUCGCCACCGCUUCCCUCGGCGAACAGAAGAGGAACCUCUCUGGUGAUUGGAAAAUUUGAAGGUUCUUGUGGAUCUUCUUUAUCCUUUACGGCCCCGUCGAAUGAAUCGUCGUGUUUUAACUCUACGGUACCAUCCUCAUCAAGAAAUCAACGGUCUCCUGAUUACCAUUACGGUGGUAUCGUAGUCCCUAAUAUUAGCAGCAAUGUAAGGCCAACCGCUCAGAACUCCUCCGAUUCGUCAUUCCCUUUUCUUUCAUUCGUUCGUGGUCAUAAUGCGAUGUUUAUUAUUCAUUUUUACCUUCGUGCUUCUGAUAAGGAGGAUGACAAGACACUAUACAAUAAAUUUUUCAACUCUUUAGAAGACACAUCUGUAAUAGAUCAUUUCAAUUAUGACAUGUCUGACGAUGGAAAGCAUACACUUAUAGUUGCGAAUGGCAUAACGAACAAUGAAGCUAUUGUAACAAAAAAUGUGAUUAAGGGGCCACCAAUACUUUUUAGGGGCAUAGCACACAAAGUUGGGACAGUACCGUUGUUAACUAAAAUAUUAUGGGCCGACGAAACCGCUUAUUCAUAUGAGACUAAAGCGGGUCAGCAGGUUGAUCAAGAACCAUUAGUCGUAGGAAAUAAAAUUAUGCUUGUAUCAGCUUUGCAGGCAAGAAACAAUGCAAGAGUUACGUUUGUUGGGAGCAUAGAGUUGUUCAGUGAUAGAUUUUUCGAUUCACCCAUCCAGAGGACCAAUCCUGCAGAAUCAUUUCCUAAAUCUGGUAAUGAGGACUUCGCCAAAGAUUUGACAAAGUGGACUUUUCAAGAAAAAGGAGUCCUCAAAGUCACUUCUAGUCAUCAUCAUAAGAAAGGCGAAGACGAAGAGUUAGAAGUUUAUCGUAUUAAGGAUUACAUUAUCUAUACCAUUGAAAUUUCUGAAUAUGUAAAUGAUCAUUGGCAACCUUUUAAUGGUACCGAUGUACAAUUUGAAGCCAUAAUGUUGGAUCCCUACAUUAGAAAAACUCUUACGCCAUUUCCCACGUCACCAGAACAACAAUCACAAAAAUAUGAAGCGCACAUUCAAUUACCGGAUGUUUAUGGUGUAUUCACGUUUAAGGUUAAUUACAAACGAUCUGGGUAUUCAUAUAUCGAGGAUUCAACUGUUGUAGCAAUUAGACCCUUCAGACAUAAUGAAUAUCCGAGAUAUAUAUCUGCUGCAUAUCCUUAUUAUACAGGAGCUGCAUCAAUGAUGAUUGGUUUCUUAUUAUUUUCAGUUGUUUGGUUUUUCAAUAAGGAAAAUACCAAAAGAGUAAAAAAGAAGACGAGCUAA